UGCCCCAAGCCUUGUCAUUAGACAGUUUUAAAUACACGAUUGACCUUACAGCAUAAAACAGCCAUCAGAGAAUCCCCCCAGGUAUCCCUUGCCCUAAGAUGUAUACCACAUGGGUUGUGUCUAGUAUACCCAUUCAGUCGUUCAAGUGAGGUGAUUUCACUAUGCAUAACGAAAUCCGGCAGCUGUACUUCUUGCAGCUCUCACAAUGUUGUAUCGUCAGGUACAGUAAAAUUGGCAAUCGCAAAUUCGUCCAAGCUGAGAUCAAAGUUUUCGACUUCAUACUCACUAAACGCUUCCUUCAACCUGAUACUCGAUUAGAUACGUGUAAAAACAGAGGAUGAGAGGAGAGGGGUAAUACAUUUCUUGUAGAAAGCCAUCUGCCACCAUUUUGUAUUUUUGGCUGGCUGUGAUGACGACCCUGAGUUCCUGAAAUUGGGUUUGAUGUCUUUUCUUGAACCGACAGACCGAUUCUAUGCUCGUUCAGCCAAGCCACUUAGAUAAUGGUAUCAAUUUACAUCCC